GUCAUUUGGCGUUAUCCAUCCAUACAGCGCAAAAUUUAAAAAGUUUAUCUACGACCUAUGACCGCAAAAGUGAGGCCAAACGUUCCCACUAUCAAUUGUGUGGUUAGUUAUUCUUGAAUGUUCUUACAGGGAACAUGAGGUUUCUAUUGUUUUGUUUGCUCCUGCAUUCGUUGCAGGUAUGGGCGCAGAGCAAUUUUGGUACGCCAUAUUUGACCCAAUCUAAUUUGUGCAAGCAUUGGAAAUGUAUAAACGACAAGCUAGGACUCCCGUACCAGCUGCCCCCUCGGGAGCAGUUCGACAUCGCACUCCGGUCCCUGCUGCCUGAUGGUGCUUGGCAGGAUGUGGCCGAAACAGUCAUCAACGCGUGCUAUGUCAACAGAACUAAGUGGUACACGAACACGUGCCCGACACAAGCGUUGUUGCAUUGUGUCGUAGACAACAUGCAUGAGUAUUGUCCUGAUUCUUAUCAAAGGAAAAACGAUACCUGUUCACCGGUAACAUCUUUCGCGUCAAUGAAGUACAUGUUCUCACAAAGUCGUUAUUUGAACAUGGCGAACACCGAUUUUCAUCAUAAUUGGUUUUUAAAACACUAUUUCAAAUCCAAGUGCUGCGAUCUGCCGAUAUUGUUUAACAGCACUGUGCUAAACGAGUGUGGGUUCGAUUCUGUUAUUCGUUACCAUGAGCACACGCCGAAAAUAAUGACUGCUGUACCCUAUAUUCAGAGCGCUGCACAUUCGCCUCCGUUGGAGAAAGUUAGUAUUGUCAACCCUGAUCUUCAACUCCGGGCGGAGCCGGAAGAUCCAUUGAAUUGCUGUGAUAUGUCCAAUUUCAUCGAACCUUCGUGGAGAGAGGAAUGUGACUUCACAUUAUAUUGGGACAGUCAGAGUAGGUUGACGAUCGUGAACCAGACGGUACAUACCACCACCCAACCACCCACCACCACCCCAGCCCCAGUAAGGGCUAAUGAUGUUCGGGUGGUACCACUCACUUGCGAAAAAGAGACAUGUGUGUUCACUAAACUAUCUGUUCUCUCCGCAACUGGUGAUGUGGAUUUGGACGCUUUCACCAGAUUUCUGGAUAAUUUCACUAACAUCAAUACGGAGUGGUCGAAAGCCAAGGCUCGAGCCAUCACGGAGUGCCUCCAUAAACCACUGUUGGGUUACGAAGGACAGUGUGAGAUUAAUAAAAUAUUGGCAUGUACUUUGGAUGUGCUUUCAGAGAAUUGUCCAAACCACGACAGAAAGAAUGAUCCAUGCAAAUCAUCAUCGUGGAAUGCGACCUGUCAAAUAAGUUCAUCCAAAUAUAGACCUAAAAACCGUCGUACUGUUUGCGAUCUGCCGAGCUUGGUAUCCAAAGAUGUAUUGGAAGAAUGCAACCUCACAUCUCUCACCGCCACGGAGUCGGUACCGGUGCGGAUUACGACUAAAUCUGAACCUCACUGGGAAAACACAAGGUGCCAAGAUUCCACGGAAUCAGCAAAGUGUAUAAUGGGUAAAAUGAAUGUCAUAAACAAAUACGGCUUCAUGGAUUACUUCCGAAUGAAGGAGAGGAUCCGCACAGCGAGCCAAGGGCCAUGGUAUAUGCUACAGGAUAUCUACACAAGCGCCUUCAUAACCACACCCAUGUACAAACAGCAUUGCAACUCGCCGAAGAAAUUGCUGAAUGUUAUCGAUGCUAUGUUAACGACCUGCCCAGUCUCGAAACGGCGUUCGUCGCCCCAAUGCGACCGUUUCUUCUCCGAGGUUAUAUAUCCUUCACCACACGAUCAGCGUAAUGCGACCAAUGAAAAUCUCCAGCAUACGUUAGCUCAUUUCCCCCACGUGUUCAUACCACCAGCCGCUCCUAGACCUAUAGGUAGACCGUUUGUCACAUUCUCUACCUACGAUCAAGUACACUACCGUGUCAACCCGUACUACAACUUCGGAAUAUUAUCUUCUGGUGGUGUCCCAGCAGUUAGAACCAUAAAUGUUCCUUCUAAGGCCACAAGGAAACCUCUAGUAAUGUUGCCAAUGUAUUUACGAGUGAAGGACACUUCACGUUUAGAAGAGCCUCGUGCGCUACCGUUCAGAAAUGGCCUGUUAAGAAGCGGGCCUCUGCCUCCUGUUACUAAUUAGCGUGUUUAUAUAUUAAAAAAAAAAUCUAGAAUGUAAGUACCAGGAAGUUUAAAAUUCAUAUUGUGGUACUUAUCAUAAUGUUUUUUUUUAAGUUAAAAUAAAAAAGUAUCUUGAAUCUAAA